AUGCACGACGGUGAUGUGCCCCGUGACGUCGCCGCCGCCUGCGGCAUCGUGCAGUGCCUACACGAGGGCUGCCGCAAGUGGUUUCGCGGAGCUGCAGGACUUGCCUCUCAUAGGGGCAAGGCCCGUCACGCCCCGCCACCAGCCCCCCGCGCCGCCCUCGCCGUCGCCGCCGUACCCCGCGCGGAUUCUCGCGGUAGGACCCCAGCCCCGACCCCUUCGAUAGCCCCGCCCAACGCCGGUCCUCCGCCGCGAGCUGCGCCACGCGCCGCCCCCAGCCCACUGCCGUACCCGCCUGCGCUCCUACACCCGCCCCCUUCUGCCUCUCCUCCCACCUCCAGCGUGACGUCCCCGUGCUCCCCGCCCACGACCCCGCCAUCGCAGCCUUCGCCCGACCUGUUUUCGGGUUUCGCGAACGCGCCUACCACGCCAUCACCGCCCUCCACGCUGACUUCGUCGCCAGCAGGCUCGCCCAUCCCGGCUGCCAGACGCUUCGUCCUGCCUGUGGCCACGCCCUACCCGGCCCCCGCGCCGCGUGCUAACAGGCCCAAGCUGUCGCCAGUCGCGCGUCCCUUCGUCCCUAAGGCGCGAGCCGGAGCGAUACCUGAGGCGUCCUCACCUGUGACGCCUCAGGACCACGCCGUCUCACGCCGCGAAGACGCCGCCGCCGCCCCUUCGUCCGCGCCGGGCCUCGGCCUAGCAGACGAACACGAGGACGAUGACACGUACGGCGGUGACACAAUCGCGCUCACUGCCCCCCACGCGCCCCGUGAGACCCGCGCCCCCUUCGAGUUCGAGGCGUGUUUCCUCGAGGAGGAAGCCCCAGCCACCGCCGGCGACCUCCCGCCUUACGCGCGCGCCUUCCUCGCUUGCCCGUCAGCCCGUCUUCAGGAGAUCCCGCGCCGCCUCAAGUCCGCGUGGCAGGCCGCCGCCAAGACCAUCGCGGAAGCCGCGCUGGAUUGCCACACCGCGGGCGACACGCAGGGCUACAACGCCCACUUGCGGCUCUUCAUCGAGCUGCCGGCCCGCGGGCUGGCAGUGCCCACCAACUGUCGAGGCGCCGCCCGCACCAAGCUUCAACGAGAGCGCCUGCUCGACAUCGCCGCCGGAAGGAUCCCGGCCAUCCCGGACCCGCCAUGCGACACCCCGGACGCCGACGACGCCCUACGCGGUUUCCCCGUAUCGGGGACGACAGCCGGCGACGUCAGCAACGACAACGACAACGACAGCGGAGGUGUGCACGAUCGGCCCGCGGCCACCGCCAGCGCCCGGCAAGCCAAACGACUAGUGGAGCAAGGGCUUUCCUCCCGAGCUCUCCGUGCCCUUGAACGGGGCGAGCCCGCGGUCGCUUCGGCAGACACCCUCGGGCGUCUCGAGGCGCUCCACCCGCCUAACCCCACCGACAGAGGACUAUGGCCCGGCGCCCCGAAGGCCGCGAUCCCGCGGGUCACCGCCAAGCACCUGGCCCAAGUGGCCAAAGAGCUCCCGCGCGGUAGUGCGCCGGGUCCCUCGGGCUGGACGUUCGAGCUCGUGCAGGCGGCCAUUGACCGCCAACCCACGGGCACGGUCGCCGCGUUCCUCAUCGACAUGGCGCAGAGAGCCCUCCGGGGCACCCUACACUGGCGGGGAUUGCUCACCGCCAGCCGCCUCGUCGCGCUGAAGAAGCCCGACGGCGGUGUGCGACCCAUCGCCGUAGGCGAGGCCCUCUAUCGCGUCAUCGGCCGCCUUGUUCUCAAGGCCGACAGGGUGAUGUCGAGCGCCGACGCCACGCAAUAUGUCGGGCGGCACCAGUAUGGCGUGGCCUACCCCGGUGGGGUUGAGGCCCCGGUCCACGCCGUCCGCGAACUGCACGACAGCGGCCAGCUCCGAGCGGUCGUCUCGCUCGACUGGCGUAACGCGUUCAACUCGCUCGACCGCGUGCACACGGCCCUGCUCAUCGCCGACCGCGCACCCGCUCUCGCGCGACUCUACGAGUGGUCCUACCGUGAGGACUCAGUCCUCGUGCUGCCGCGCGCGUUCGAAAAGGCGGGGCUGCCGGCCUCCCUGCUCUCCCAGGCCGGCGUGCGCCAGGGCGACGUCCUGGGACCCCUCUUCUUCGCCAUCGGCGCUGCCCCGGUCCUCGACGAGAUCGACGCCAUACCGUACGUGACGCCGCGAGCGUACCUCGACGACAUCUUCGUCACGAUACCCCACGGUGUCACGGACGCCGCGACCAAGGCCGCCGUCGCUGCCACCUUCGCUACGGCGGAACGCGAAGGCGCGGCCGCUGGCUUGCGGCUCAACCGCUGCAAGUCGGCGGUGUGGGCCGCGGACGCAGAAGCCCUCCUUCCCCCCCACGCCGCUGGCGCGCGGGAGGACGUCGAGAGCUGCGCACCAGUGCGCGAGGGCCUCAAAAUCCUCGGCGCGCCCGUGGGCUCGCCCGCCUUCGUCGCCAAGUCGCUCGACGGCAUCAUCAAGCGCGCCAUCGGCACACUCGACCUCGUCGCUGACGCCGAGCUACCGCUGCAGCACAAGCUGGUGCUGCUACGGCAGUGCGUGGCCCAGAUACCCACGUUCUGGGCCCGCGCCGUGCCCGACGCAGGCCCGGCCCUCGCCGUCUGGGAUACAGCGCUCCUCAGGCGCACGGGCGCGCUGGUCGGACUUGACGUGCGGGACGGGUCCCUGCAAGCCGACAUCGCGCGCCUGCCUGUCCGCCUGGGCGGUCUCGGCCUCCGUUCAAUGAAGGACACGGCGCCCCGGGCCUUCGUGGCCUCGAUCCUGUUCGCCGCCGCGCUCGCCAACACGCGCCGAUCCGAGCUCACGUGCAGCGCCAGUACGGCCCGACGCCUCAGAGCCGCCCUGCCCGAGCUGGCACGCACCGACGCGUGCAACGACGAAGCCGCCUGGCGGCGGUCCAUCGCCAGGGGAGUCUUCCCCGACGUGGACAAGCUGGGCACCACACAACUGCAGCGCGUCCUCCAGGGGAUGGCGGACUCCAAGUCCGCCCAUCGGACCCGCCGCCAAGUGCCCUUCCUCUUCGCCGCCGUGUUCGAGGACGCCGCCACGCCGGGAUCCGGUGCCUGGCUGGCCGCCAUACCCUCCGACCCGACCCUCGUCUUGCCAGACGCCGAACUGGCCGAAGCCGUGCGCAUUAAGUUGCUCACGACGACGGCCAAUGCGGCCGGCGUCUGUCCGGCAUGCCACAAGACCGGCAUCGACCCGUCCCACGCGUACACGUGCGUUUCGCUAUCCCAUUUGCGCACAGCACGCCACGACGUGGUCGUUCGCCGAGUCGAGCUCGCCUGCAAGACCGAGAAGCCGGUCCGCGAACACGUGCUCGCCAUCCCCCCCGUCGCGCCCACCGACAACAACAACAACGGCGACGAGGACGGCAGCCCAGUCACCACCGCCGACGACAACGCAGACGGCCACGCGGUCGCGACCAAACGUCGCCCCGAGACCCGCGCUUCAGCCAGAGCCGCCGCCGCCGCCGCCACCGCCGCCGCCGCCGCCGCAAUCAUCAACGACAACAGCCUCCUGAGCGACGACGACGACGACGACGACCAUGACGACAACUGCCACGGAGAGGAAAGAGGAGAGGGAGAAAGGAACGUCACGUGCCCCGGCCACUACACCGCCACACCCUUCGCCGCGGACGACACGCUCGACAACAGCGACGAGGACAACGAGGACAACGCUCACGAAGACGAUGACGAAGACGGUAAAGAUGACAACGACGACGACGUCUACAACAACUGCAACAGCAGCAGCAGCGACGGGGAUGAAGGCGGUGACGACCUGGACUACGAGUACAGUGACCAGAGCGUCACUCGAAGCGUCGACGCCGCGACGGGAGAGAGCCCCAACCCCGAGCGCCCUACCACGCCCACCCGCGCACUACUACGCGCGGACCUGUGGCUACCCGCCACCUCCACCGCGGUGGACGUGAUGGUCGCGGCCGCCUGCCGUCGGUCACGCGCCAAGGCCUUCGACCGAGCCGUCAGCCGCAAGGCCGCGAAAUACGGCCCUGCGGUAGCCGACGGCUCGAUCGCCAAGGUGGUGCCGUUCGUCGUGUCGCCCUUCGGCGUACUCUCGAGGCCGGCCAAGGCCUUCCUCAAGCGCGCCAUGGGCGACACGACGGCGGCCAAACAGGCCAAGGCGCGUCUGCGCCUCGCUGUGGCCGCCGUUCGAGGCACGGCCCGCCUCUCCUACGCCUGGGGCGCCUGCGCCGCCCUCAUCGUCGGCGGCAACUAA